CAUACAACCACCGUGCGCGCCGGCAGUGUCGGUUGAAAAUCGCCCCGUAGUCACACGCGUGGCGACCCGAGAGCGAACUGUCUCCUCCGAUGAUGCGCCGCGUAAAAGAUUAAUCAAAAAUAAAGCAAUUAUGGAGAAGAUGUACUUCAACGAGUCGCAUUUACCAGACGAUGGGUUUUCGUCCAUAGCUACUUCACUGAUGACCGUUCACAUGGUGCUCGUGGCGAUCGUCGGCACGACUGCGAAUUUAUGCGUUUUUCUCGCCCUGUCCAUGAGCCAUAAGGUGUCCAACAACCUUUUGCUGCUCAACCUGUGCGUCGCCGACAGUAUGGUGUGCAUUAUUAGCGGGCCUUUGACGGUGCUCUCUUGGGAAUGGCCGGCACUUUCGUCGUACGCCAUCGUCAACGCUGUACAGUACAUACCGGUGGCGGCCAGCACGCUGAGCCUGAUGACGCAGUCGAUCGACCGCUACUCGUCCAUCAAACACCCGCGGCACAACAGGUUGCACCGGGACAAGCGCCCCGCGUACCUGGUGUCCGGCGCGUUGGCCGCGUGGACGGUGGCCGCGGUCGUGUCGGUGCCGCGGUACGCGUGGCCGGUCCACCGGCUGAUGGCCGACGCGCGGUGGACGCGGUACUACGAGACGUGUUACGUGGCCGUCGUGUUCGCCGUGCCGUGGGCCGCCGUGGCGUUCACCCAGCGGGCCGUCAGCAGGACGCUGUACAUCACGUCGCUGAAGGCGGCCGCGGCCCGCGGACAGUUGCCGCUGCCCAUGCCCAUAAUGACCGCCGAGUGCAAGCAAGUGAUCCUGGUGGCGUCCAUACAGAAGAACACCACUGUCCAGUCGAAGGUGACCAACAACGACGCGGCGGCGAUACAACAACCGCAACCGCAGCAACAGCCGCACGCGUCCCACCAGCAAGCGCAACAGGAACAGCAACAGCCGCACGCGGAACAGCAACAACAGCCGCAGCAGAGCGCCAACGCCAGCGCCCGGAGCCGAAAACGGUUGGCCAAAGUGCUGGUGGCGCUGGCCGGCGUGUUCGUCGCCUGUUGGCUGCCGUACGCGGCCGCGUUGCUGUACGCCAACUGGUUUUACUCGUCGUCGCCCCCGUCGGACGGCGACGGCGGCGACGGCGGCGCGCCGCCCGCCGUCCACCGGUUGGCCACCGUGGCCGCAAUGCUGCUGGGCCAUACCCAUUCGGCCGUCAACCCCGUGGCCUACUGGUGGCUCAACCGGCACACGUUGCGCGCCUGCCCGUGGUGCUGGUGUUCGCUGGGCGACCAGUCCGACGACGACCGCGACCACGGCGACCGCGACACCGGGUGCGGCGGGGCGUUGGGGUGCAUCGUCAGCGGGGCCGCGGCGGCGUUCGGCUGCGGCCGGGGCGACGGCAGUUGCGGCGGCAGCGGCGCCGCCGACUGCGGCGGGGGCGCGGGUUGCCGGCAGUCGCAAAACCACACGCCCACCAGGCUCAACCGGUUGCUGUUCCACCGACAGCCCAACAACCACCAGCGCAGCCGGCAACCGUCGUCCACCAACGAGGCGGCCCUGGGACCGUUCAACCCGCGGUUCGCCACCCCGAAGAAGCCACCCCAGCAGUUGCCCCCCGUCAAGAACCCCGUCAUGCUGUAUUACGCGUGAGGGUGCUUUUCCGCGCCCGUCGCAUCCGGUCCGGUGGCGCAUUUUUGGUAGCUGGGUAAGGGGGGGGCGGCGCCAAAUCGUAAGUCUCUUAAAAGGUGCGCCGCUCUAGAAAUCGAAAUCAUUUUCCAAUCCCGACGGUACGCCUCCGGCCGGAUUCGUAAAUACGCCUCCGAUUAGGCGUUUAGGUCCGCUAUACCUCGCCCGCCUACGCGACCACGCUCGCCCCGCGGAAACGAAAAACGGGGAAUCGCUAAGUCCUCGGGACUAGGGACGCGGACGAUCGAACGACGCACGUGUGUGUGCAUCCACACACACACACACAUACACACACGUUUUCGCGACACUUCGGCCUAACCGAGCGGCUAUCCGCGGGGGGUGCGACGGUACUCGUUUUCAGGUUCGUUUGUCGCGUGACCGAUGUGACCGUGUACCGUAAACCUAACGCGUUACAUCGUUUUAUAAUAUGACGUCAACACGACGGCUACGACUACGCGCACGCGGAAUUCGAAGGUCGUAAUCCGAUAACUUUGUCCGUCGUAUUUUUAGACAUAGGUACACGCUCCGGUACACACGCCGAUACCGUGUCGAGUGGCACGAAGUCUGCCGUCCGCGAGUCCUUUGUAAGAGUACGUCGCGAAUCCUGAUCGGCAAUAGUGUGUCCUAGGACAAUGCGUUUAUCGGGUCGUGUUUUUGUGCGUUUGUCCCGUGUUGUGGGCUCGGAAAAACGUUUCCGUUUCAUUAUUUCUGUCGCAAACAAACAAAACCACGCGACUUGUCUUGAUAUUCACAUCUUAACCACUAUAGUUCAUUGUAGACUUUUUAGCGUGAUAAUAAUACACAUAACUAUUAUUAACCGUAU